CAUAAAUUUAAACGAAUUGAGUAUCGAGAUUGUACAUGCAAUAGGCAAAUAUUGACACCUUUUGCAUUCAAAUUUGACAGUUCUUAUCAAAAAGACAAUAUACUCGUAUUGUCAAAACGCGAAGUUACAAAAAGUGAAUACAGAAACCACUUUCGUGUAAAAUUGAUGUUGGCAAUGUCACUAAAGCACUUGUCAUUCUUUAGCUGCCAUAUUGGAAUUCUUAUAGGAGAAUAUUACUAUUACUACACGUCGAUAAAUUACGAAGUGAGAGUAUAUCAUUUAAGUUCUAAUAAAAUUAAUUGACUGAAAACCUAAAAGUAUUAGAAUAAUACAAUUAGCGUGUUGAAAGAUUUCUUAUAAAAAUAUAUCAAUCUACACAAACAGCCUGCUACAAUGGGUUUAACAAUUUCUAGUUUGCUGACACGUCUUUUCGGAAAGAAGCAAAUGCGUAUUUUGAUGGUUGGUUUAGAUGCUGCUGGUAAAACCACCAUUCUAUAUAAAUUAAAACUCGGGGAGAUUGUCACGACCAUUCCAACUAUUGGUUUCAACGUAGAGACCGUCGAAUAUAAAAAUAUAUGUUUCACGGUGUGGGACGUCGGCGGUCAAGACAAAAUCAGGCCACUAUGGCGCCAUUACUUCCAAAACACACAAGGUCUAAUAUUUGUGGUGGACUCAAAUGAUCGUGACCGAAUAAAUGAAGCUGAAAAAGAGCUACAGAACAUGUUGCAAGAAGAUGAACUUCGUGAUGCUGUACUGCUUGUAUUCGCUAAUAAGCAGGAUUUACCAAAUGCUAUGAGUGCUGCUGAAUUGACCGACAAAUUGAGACUUAAUCAACUUCGAAAUCGUCAUUGGUAUAUUCAAGCAGCGUGUGCUACUCAGGGCAAUGGGCUCUAUGAAGGUCUUGACUGGUUAUCUGCGGAACUAGCUAAAAAAUGAUAAACAAGUGCCCUAAAAUGUUUUUAUUUAUUAAAUAUUACGUGAUUUCAACUGAUAUAAGGGUAUAAAGCGAAAACAACUUGUUUGGGAUGCAUUCUUAAUAAUUUUAUAAAUAUUAAAACCAAAUGUAUUAGAUUGUAAACAUUCUAUAAUAAAAAUACAUUCGCUUCAAAUUAAUUGUAUUGAAAAGCAAAUAAGGUCGGGAAUCAAGAUAAUACAGCUAUACACUUCUAUUGUACAUCAAAAAA